AGGAGCUUCUACCAGAAAAUGUAGCUGGAGCUGGCUUUGCGUGUGCACGCGUCACUGGAUGGAACAGGCAUAAAAUCAAUGAGAGCGCAGUCCCGCUGAUGGCGCUGGAGUGACAAACUGAUGAGGCUCCGCGAUUAAACGUCACUGAGAGCGGAAGCCCGGCUGUCACAUGCUUGUCGGUCCGCCUCCCCCGUCCUCAGUCGGAGUCUGGACGCCGAGCAGAGAGCAUGUCCGGGUGCGACCGAGUGAUCUUUGAGGCCACCAGGCUGCUGUGCGCCGCCGGAGGAGCUCUGCGGCUCCCGCAGCUGUACGAGGAGCUGCGGCGACUCUGUCGUGUCUCCGAGGAGCUCUUCUGCAAGCUGGUCUAUGGGCAUCCCCGCUUCCUGCUGGUCCGCGGGCCGGAGACGGAUGGCUGGCUACGGCCCGAGGACUGCACGGUGCUGGCGCAGACGUUACUGCGCGUGUGCGUGAGCCACCGGCUCGGGGAGCCGUGCGCAGACUGUGACCAACUGCACCUUUGCAGAUUCUACAUCUACGGAACCUGCAAGUUCGGCAAGGGCAGGAAACCAUGUCGAUCAUCCCACGACCUGCAGUCUGAUCAUAACUCCAGGCUGCUGAAAGAGUGCUCACUGCAGCAGCUGAACGAGGACGAGCUCUUCCUGCUGCUGCUGCUCAAUGACCCGGCGCUGCUGCCCGAGGUCUGUGUGCACUAUAACAAAGGCUCGGGGCCUCACGGCAGGUGUAGUUUCCGGGGCGACUGCACCAAAGUGCACCUGUGCCAGCACGUUGUGCAGGGCGACUGCAUCUUUGGAAAAAAAUGCAAACGGUUGCAUGCCGUUGACGAGCACGGCCGCCGCAUGCUGGAGGAGAGAGGACUGAGCUGUAACAUCAUCCACAACCUGCCUUCCAUCUACAGCAACAUCCACCAGCUCAGAGCGGCCUCCACCUCCACCACCUCCAUGGACAUUGUUCCUGAGCCGUCUCACCCUCUGGAGAUCUGCCUGCACUUCUUCAGGAACAGCUGCAAGUUUCAGGACUUGUGCAAGCAGGUGCACUUCCACCUGCCGUAUAAGUGGGAGGUUUUAGAUGGCAGCACCUGGACGGAGCUGCAGAACAUGGAGGACAUCGAGCGAGACUUCUGCGAUCCGUCCAGGACUGAGAGCGCUGGUGUUCAGAUGAUCGACUUCAUCACGAUGACUCGAGGGAUGCAGCCUGUUCGCCGUCUCUCCACAGUUUCCUCCGUAAAGAAGCCGUUGUACUACACACUGACCACCAAAUGGCUGUGGUACUACAAGGGGGACCGUGGGAACUGGGUGGAGUAUGGAGAGUUGGAUGAGAAGCUGCGCUCCACAUCGGAGACAUCCUGCACUCUGGAGGAGAAGUACCUGUCUGACAGAAGAGCUGAAGUCAGAGUGGUGAAAGGCUACAGAGAGUACAUCAUCAGCUUCCAAGACAUGUACCAGAGGAACCACAAGCACAACACCAAGAGGAAAGUCCGCCGUCGCCCUCGCUUCGUCUCCCGGGAGGAGGUGGAGAGGCAGGUGCUGGUGUUAGGAAGUCAAAUGUGACCCAAUUAUGUUGACUGGACCAGGCUGGGUGCCUUAUCACAGUAGCAGGUGCUGCUGCUCAAGAUUUCAUCACUUCCUGGACGUCUGUAAAUGAUUACUGAUGCAGUCACUGAGCAUGUUAACCACUUCUAUUAUUUUCUGUUUCUGUGUGUAUGUGCCUGUGUGGGGGAAAUUUAUUCUACCUGUAUUUGUAUUUUUGUAGGGGCUUUAGGCAAUAUAAAGCGCCUUGAGGUCACUGUUGUUGUAAUUUGG